GCGCAAAGCAAAAAAUAUGUAUCGUUAGUGACAUUUUUGAUUUUGUAGUAACUUUUACUGUCAUUUUUUAAAGUUUUUGUAAUUGAUUAUCAUGUCGCGGAACGAUUGUCGUAUUUAUGUCGGAAAUUUACCACCUGAUAUUCGUACCAAAGACAUUCAAGAUUUGUUUUAUAAGUUCGGUAAAGUUUUAUUCGUCGAUUUGAAAAAUAGAAGAGGACCGCCAUUUGCAUUCGUUGAAUUUGAAGAUGCCAGAGAUGCUGAAGAUGCUGUGCAUGCCCGAGACGGAUAUGACUAUGACGGAUACAGAUUAAGAGUUGAAUUUCCUCGUGGGACUGGUCCUAGUAAUUAUAGAAGCGGUGGCGGCCGAGGUAGUGGCGGUGGACGCGGAAGUAAUCGUGGUCCUCCCACUCGAAGAACCAAUCAUCGUGUUGUUGUUACCGGAUUGCCGCCUUCUGGCAGUUGGCAAGAUUUAAAAGAUCACAUGAGAGAAGCGGGUGAUGUAUGUUAUGCCGAUGUGUUCAAAGAUGGAACUGGUGUAGUGGAAUUCAUACGAUAUGAUGAUAUGAAGUAUGCUCUGCGCAAACUGGAUGAUUCUAGGUUCAGAUCACAUGAAGGUGAAGUAGCUUACAUUCGAGUUAAAGAAGGCCAUAGCAACGGGGGCAGUGAAAGUCCUUAUCCGAGUAGAGGUCGGUCGAGAUCAAGAAGUUUCAGCCCAGUUGCUCGUAGACGUGGAACACCGACGUAUUCUCCCGUCAGACGGUCAUAUUCCAGAUCUCGUUCAUAAAUCACACUCAUCCUAUUCAUAUGGAUUAAUUUCAAAUUGGAUAAGAAUUGGAUAUUCACUUUUAAGGAAGGACUUUUUGAAAGAUUUUGUAUGAUACUUAAAGAAUAUGGACGGACUUUCAUCCGAAUUGUGGAUUUGGACCGAAAUAUUUUUCAGUAGGAUACGCUAAGUGUGGACCUGGACCGAAUAGAGUGAUUCUUCGGGGGAUACUGAUUGGAGGAUAAUAUUAUCAGGAGAAGGGAUUUUGGAUAUUGGAUAGCUGAGGAAUUGUGAAAGUAACAUUGGAUUUUUAUGAAAAUUGUGCCAUGCUUAUAACAUGUUCUUGUUCUACUUCAACUGUUCUUUUGUACCUUUCGUUCGAGUUGUCAGCUAUUCACAAUGAAUUGAAAGUCCAAAUCCUGUUAUCUGGCAGAAUUUCAGAAGCAUCAGGGCUUUCUCUUGUAACAUCUUUGUAACACCUGUACCCUAUUUUCGAUAUAUUUCUAUUUUAUUGCGUUUA